GAAAAUGCAAAAAACUUUCCGAUUCGAUCCAGAAACAUGAGACUUGCUGUAAAAAAAAUUAAAUAUUGUAAAAACGAAAAUUGUCUUUUCUUAACUUUACAUAUUAUUUUGCGACUUUUAAUUUUCAUGACAAUAUAUGAUAAUGUUAAAUUUAGUGUUAUUUCAAACGGACUGAAAUUAUAUGUAUUUGAUAAGUAUUAUGGAUUGUUGUAAGUUGACUGAGUUUGUAAUUCUAGUUUGACUUUUGUUUACAAAUCAAUUAAAUAGAUUUAGUAGUCUUUCAGAAUCGAUUGUAUUAUAUUGCAUUAUAUUGUGCUAUAAAUAAAAAUAUAUACAUCUUCUUGAUUGUUUUGUUAAAAGCAUGGUGAUUCCUCAGUGUGUUUCUAUGGUGUUUUUUUUAUUUUUUUAAAAUAGUUUAUAGAGAUCUACGACAGCUACAAUUUUAUGGCUGAUUCCGAACGGCCUAUUUAAAAGACGAGAUGCUCUCUAGUUUUUUUCCGAGAAAUAGUGAUCAAAUAAAAUCCGAUGUUUUUGAUCGGACUUGGACCCGGGCCUUUAAGACAAGAAGCAGACGCACAAUUACACAAUCGCAACAAUAUACAGAAUAUAAUUGUAAAAUGUCUAAUGGUAGUUUUUUCUUUAAUAAGUUCCUUUCUCUUAAAUUAAGAACUGUUUCAUUUUCAAAAGCUCUAAACUGAAUUUAUAUCUUUGCAACUUUCAAGCUGUUCCAUCCAUCAGAAUAAGUUUACAGUUUACUUUUGUGUUGAAUUAAAAGAAAAGUGAUAAAAAUUGCUGAAACUUAUCGACUGUGUUCAAAUUUAAAUACUUCUGGAACUUAAAAUGGCGGCGGUUUUGUGACUCGGAGCAAGUUUCUUUGAUCACAUCGUCUCUUUGUAAAGCCUCGUCGAUGACUUCGCAGAUGCACCUGCACCAUUUGUAUUCCACUUUAUCCCAUUUAAUUCAAAUUCGAACGGUAUCGGAAAGUCGAGAGCUAAAGAAGAAGAGAAAUGGAAGAGAAAGAAGUCACAUCUUGUAAUAGAAUGGAACGAUAUUGGAGUGAUAUCUUGCAACCACACGUUCGAGCCAGUAAAGUUAGAUUAUCGUACGUGGAGGAAAUAUUUCCGUCCCUCAAGAACAAGCCGUACAUCAUCCUUCACAAAAAUGUUCCUGGCAUGCAUGUGCAGCAUCUCUCGGAUCAUAAGGAGAACGAGGGAAGUUUCGACGAAUAUUCAUCGAGACACGAUGUCAGUGGUUCACCUUUGAAGUAUUCAUUCGGCACUGUGAACCUCGAGGAUACUGUUCUCAUAACGAGACAGAAUUGGCGAAAAGAGGAAGAGUUGUAUUUGCCACUGAGCAAAAUGGAUGCAAUUAAUAACGUGAAUGUUUGUAUGGAACACCUUAAUACUAUUACUUUUCCAAUAUUAGCUCUCUGCGAUGGAAAGGAUCAUAAGCAGACCAGACUCAUUGGCUUUGACAUCUUUCAAGAUGGUGUUAUCGUGAUGAAUGCUUUUUCUACUGGUCUGACAAGUUUGGCUACAGUAAGAAAUGAAUGUCACAAAGUAGUACAGGAGCAUCUCAAGCCAUUUGCGCAAGAACAACAUUGUUUAAACAAUACCAAAGUAUCAAUGUUCAAUGCUGUUGACUUGUUUGGAGUAAAACAAGAAACAAUUGAUUGGGAUAAGACUGCCAAGAGUGAUUUCGAAGGAUGCAUUAACGUCGAAAUGCAUUCAGACAGCUUGGAUUCAAGGAUGUCGAAAAAUACUUUGUUAGCUCAAAUCAAUGCUGGAUGGAAGGAUAGCUUGUUAAAAGAACUGAGGAGCCAGCUAUUUUUAUUAAUCCAAUAUUUAUCAGCAAUAGACGAAUGCAAAAAAAAUAUUGGACUGCAAAAUCCAAUAAUAUUCACAACGCCACAUUCAAAAGAAAAGGACAUUAUAGAUGAAAAAUUGAAUCUUUUGCUGAAUGGAGAUUUUAGUCUUCAAAAGUCUGAGAGCUAUGUUAAGAAAAACAAUCAUAUCAGUAAAGAGAAUGCUGAAUUUGACGCAAAGCUGCAGGAACGUGUACAAGAUGUUUCCUUGAGACAUGAUAUAGAUUUUACCGAUCUCUUAUGGGAAAUAAUUUCAAAGGCUUCAACGUAUCCACAAAUGGUAAACUGUCUUGAAACAGUUUUGAAGGAAAUUCUUGAACAUAAAUUUACACCACAGAUUAAUGACACGAAUUCAACGAAAUUUGCAAAAUGCAUUUCCAAUCUGCAUCAUCAAGAAACGACGUCCCAUUUAUUAGUGGGAAGUGUACCAUUGGAACUUGUCGUAGAUAUGGGAUUUGAGAAGCUUACCCGAGAUUAUUUAUAUAUCCUGAGAGGAGCGCGAUUGAUUGAUCUACAUGAUUUUCGACAGAAACUGAUUAUGUCUUCCAGAAUCUUUGACGCAGAGAAUUAUAGGAAUAAAUUGAUUACCUUAGCGCAAAUUCACAUCAGUUUGGAAUGCAUGUUACUUGUUGAGGCGCAUCUAGAAUGUCCAAUUGAAAGUUUGCAUAGUCUGUUUGCUUACGCUUACAAAGAGUUCGUUUCGACACAAUCUCCUUUACAGCAUCAUAAUGAGCUUUGCAACCGAAUUUUCACCUUGACGGCACCUCUACCUCAUACGUUAGCUAAUGAGUUGAACAAGAUGAAUCCCUCUGUAUUGAAAGCUUCUGUUUUGUCUCAUUCUGCCGCAUCAGAGCUAACGACUACAACCUAUUAUUACAGCAAAAUUCCUAUUUUUCCAACAAAUAUAUAUUCUACUUCUGGUAAAGCAAACAACAAAUUCAAAAAUAUCAAAUCGAUAAAAAAUAAGAAAUUGUGCUAUAUAAUAAAAUUUAAUUCUACUAACUUUAUUUUAUAUAUUUUUUUCAGAUAAUGAAAACGUACAAGAGGAAAUGGUUUAUAGUAU